CUCCCUCUUUCGCUGCAAGCAGAGAAAAAGACGACGGAGAAAUUUUAAAUCUGAGGUUCUUUUAGUCCUCGCGAAGCCAGAUGCUACUCUCUAUUGCACGUCUGUGACAGAAGAGCUCGAUUAGGGAACUGAAGACAAAGACACGGAGAAAUUUUGAACUCGAGAGGUUUGAUUUUGAACCUUUGAAUCUCUGGGUUUCUGAUUUCUUCGAGAUUUAACUAGGUAGUUGAAUUGAAUCCUGAUACCACCUUGAAGCGUUUUUGUUGUGCUUUCUCAGAUUAUCCAUGAUCAUGUGAUGCACUAAUUUCGUAGUAUUCAAUUGCUGGGAUUCUGAAAUUAGCAAACCUUAAAAUGGUUGAUUUGUGGAAAUUUGUCUAACCGGUUAAUCGGUUAACAGAGUUGGAACUAGUGUUAUGGAUGAUGAAGAUGUAGAAAUAGAUCUUCUAACAAAAAGUAGUAAUGUGGAUGUAUUUUGUGAAGCAAGUACAAGUGGGAACGUUGCUCAGUGUGCAACGGUUAGUGAGCUCAGAAAUGGGAUGGAUUUUGAGUCAAAGGAAGCUGCAUACUAUUUCUACAGAGAAUAUGCUCGAUCAGUGGGAUUUGGUAUCACAAUAAAAGCUAGCCGUCGUUCUAAAAGAUCAGGGAAGUUUAUUGAUGUCAAAAUAGCGUGUUCGAGAUUUGGAACCAAGCGCGAGAAAGCCACAGCUAUCAAUCCACGUUCAUGUCCAAAGACCGGUUGCAAAGCCGGUUUGCAUAUGAAGAGGAAGGAAGAUGAGAAAUGGGUUAUAUAUAAUUUUGUAAAAGAACAUAACCAUGAGAUAUGUCCUGAUGAUUUUUAUGUUAGCGUACGAGGAAAGAACAAGCCUGCUGGUGCGCUAGCAAUAAAGAAAGGUCUUCAAUUGGCUUUAGAAGAGGAAGACUUAAAGCUAUUGCUUGAGCAUUUUAUGGAGAUGCAGGAUAAGCAGCCUGGUUUUUUCUAUGCGGUAGAUUUCGAUAGUGACAAACGUGUUAGAAAUGUGUUUUGGCUUGAUGCGAAGGCUAAGCAUGACUAUUGCAGCUUUUCUGAUGUUGUUCUGUUCGACACAUUUUAUGUUAGGAACGGAUACAGAAUCCCAUUUGCUCCUUUUAUUGGGGUCAGCCAUCACCGUCAAUACGUUCUGCUUGGAUGUGCUUUGAUUGGAGAAGUGAGUGAGUCAACAUAUUCUUGGCUAUUUAGAACGUGGCUUAAAGCAGUCGGUGGUCAAGCUCCUGGAGUGAUGAUAACAGAUCAGGAUAAGCUUCUAAGUGAUAUUGUUGUUGAAGUCUUUCCAGAUGUUCGUCAUAUUUUCUGUUUGUGGAGUGUGCUGAGCAAAAUUUCUGAGAUGCUGAAUCCAUUUGUGAGUCAAGAUGAUGGUUUUAUGGAAAGUUUCGGAAAUUGCGUAGCAAGCUCUUGGACAGAUGAACAUUUUGAAAGGAGGUGGUCAAAUAUGAUUGGUAAAUUUGAACUUAACGAGAAUGAGUGGGUUCAGUUGUUGUUUAGAGAUCGUAAAAAAUGGGUUCCACAUUAUUUUCAUGGAAUUUGUUUAGCUGGACUGUCUGGACCUGAAAGAUCUGGCAGUAUCGCCUCUCAUUUCGACAAGUAUAUGAACUCGGAGGCUACAUUCAAGGACUUCUUUGAGCUCUACAUGAAGUUUCUGCAAUAUCGAUGUGAUGUGGAAGCUAAGGAUGAUCUUGAAUAUCAGAGCAAACAGCCUACACUGAGGUCUUCUUUGGCUUUCGAGAAACAGCUUUCCUUGAUCUACACGGACGCUGCUUUUAAGAAGUUCCAAGCUGAGGUACCCGGAGUUGUUUCUUGUCAACUUCAAAAAGAAAGAGAAGAUGGGACAACAGCAAUAUUCCGCAUUGAAGAUUUCGAGGAACGACAAAAUUUCUUCGUUGCUUUGAACAACGAGUUGUUGGAUGCGUGUUGCUCUUGUCAUUUAUUUGAGUACCAGGGAUUCCUAUGCAAACAUGCGAUACUUGUACUUCAAAGCGCUGAUGUUUCCCGCGUUCCGUCUCAGUAUAUAUUGAAGCGCUGGUCAAAGAAAGGUAACAACAAAGAAGACAAAAACGAUAAAUGUGCCACUAUAGAUAACCGAAUGGCACGUUUUGAUGAUCUAUGUAGGCGCUUUGUCAAGCUGGGAGUAGUUGCAUCUUUAUCAGAUGAAGCCUGCAAAACUGCUUUAAAGUUAUUGGAGGAAACCGUGAAGCAUUGUGUUAGUAUGGAUAAUUCUUCCAAGUUUCCUUCAGAGCCAGACAAGUUAAUGACAGGUGGAUCUAUUGGCUUAGAAAACGAAGGUGUGUUGGACUGUGCAUCAAAAGUGUCCAAGAAAAAGAAAAUUCAGAAGAAAAGAAAGGUAUACUGUGGGCCAGAGGAUGCAACAAACAGGUCAGAAGAACUUCGCCAAGAAACCGAACAAGUUAGCUCCAGAGCUCCUACGUUUGAGAAUUGUUACAUUCCUCAAGCAAAUAUGGAAGAGCCCGAACUAGGCUCCCGUGCAACAACUCUUGGGGUCUAUUAUUCAACACAACAAACUAAUCAAGGAUUCCCAUCGAUUUCUUCCAUCCAGAAUGGUUACUAUGGACAUCCGCCAACCAUACAAGCUAUGGGAAACUUGCAUUCUAUUCAUGAACGAAUGAGUCAAUACGAGACACAACCAAGCAUGCAAGGAGCUGUGAGUUGAUGUUCUAUGCUAUUUAAGUAUUUUUCGGGAGAUAUAUAUAUCUUAUUGUUCUCCUCCUCCCGAGUCAAGUUGUUCUAAGAAAGAAGGAUCUAUUUCAUUUUGUGGAUUGUCUAGUUUCAGGGACAGACGGGGUUUAGGGGAAGCGCUAUCCGUGGCUGCUAUGACAUCGAAGAAACUCUGCACGACAUGACAAUGGGGUCCUCACAGUUUCAGGGAUCUGAUUCGAGCCAUCCUAGUGAUCACCGCUUAUCCAAUUAACAGAACAGAACAAGCUCAAGAGUUGCUACUUUCAUAUCUUUAAAAUAGUGGAAUGUUUUGUAUGUACAGAAAUAGGAAAGGUCUAAAGUGUGGAACUGGCUUUGAGGUAAACUCUUACUCUGAUUGGAUUUGCUUGUAUUUAUACCGGAAUCAUAAUAUAAAUAUAUGAUUAAUGUAUUCACAUUCUCUAAUCUUCUUUUAGACUUGUAGUUACCAUUCAAAAGUCAUGGACAACCUUCGUUAACCUUGAGGGCCACUGAGAGACAACCUUGGACUUGGUCACUGGCUCACUUAGCAAUAUUCAGUUAUUCACUCUGUUGUAUAUAACUCACCAAUUAAAUUCAAACAACUAAUUCAAAACAUU